AUGCGUAGCGAUGAGUCUAAAUCAAAGCAGAAACAGCUCAUCGCUACAGAUAGAGAUGAGCAUAAUAGCACCGAUAUCGAGUCGGCUAGAAGCGACUCUCCAUCAUUGUCAACCUUGUCUAGCGUACCUAAAGUCGUUUCUGCCGUCAAAAGGCCGGCCACCGCACAACCAAGCGGCUCAUCUGUCCGUCGUUUCCACCUCGAAGCACCAAGCAAUACUGAGGACCCAGCCGAUACCUUGGACGUACUUCACCGAAUUCAUGGAGGUGUUCAAAAGAAGAGAUUGAGGAGAAGUUCCAGCUAUCGGCCUGUUGUUGUGGAGAAUAUUGCAGUUUCGAACAAAACGGCCCUUGACAAGUCAUCGAUCUCGGCUAAGGGAAGGCGCGUGGAUGUCCAAGGGGGCCCUGGUGAGACUGAGAUAUCUAAUGCCACUAUAGAAAAGCGUCAUAUGCUUUCCGGAAACCGUGAAGAUUCGUCCAAAUUAUCCCGGUCCCAUCAGCUGGACAAAGAGACCAGAAAGGGAGAAUCAGUACUUGAAGAUCCUAGUACAUGGGACCUUGACUCUGAUAAUCUUGCCAACGAAUUGGCACGCAUUGCGUUGGAAAUGACGAAUAGUGCUGAGCCGCCCGAAGAGGCUCGCUCAGUCACAAAAGCGACUACAUCUCGUACGACCCCGCAAAAACGGCCUUUGAAGUAUAAACCACGAUUGCCCAAAACACCUCGUACUGGACACCAAAGUAACGGGCAAGGUGAAGCCUCUAUAUCAGCUACCAGCAAGACAGAUGGAGCAAUUAAAAACAGCAUGGACCUAAACAAUAAGGAUAUUGGUACUAAUAGUCAACUUGACUGUCGCCAUAUCUCUGAUACCCCCGAGAAUCAGAUAACGUCUGCGCAAGAUGAGGACUCUGAUUCUGGCUAUGUUUUCGACGAGUUUAUCAGGCGACCUGUGCAUGAUGUUGUUGCCGACCCAAGUGUUUCCUAUUUUCAAGACGGAAAAUGGGUUGAAGGAUGCGAAUUUCCGAAAGAUGUGGGCGUCGUGGUCAUCACACAAGGUGACUCGCACUUCUGGGAUGCUAUCGCGGAAGAUGACGACGAGAAGGACUGGGAUACAGAGGAUGAGGAUUCGAAUGCUGAGGACAAUCCUGCGAACGAGUAUCCAGAUGAGGAUCUUGACUUUGACGAUGAAUACUGUGAUAACAACGCGAUUUAUCGGCGUUUCCGUGUAAAUGCAUCUGACGAUGAGGAGUAUGACACUCUAGAUUACGAUACAUACAGCUAUCGUACCUACCCCUGCAAUAUGCUUAGUGAUAGUGACUCGGACCCUUGA